GUGACCGAUCGCGCUCAUGCGAUUGUGCGGGUCCGCCCAUCGCAAUGAAGUGGCUGUGUUUGUUUGUGCUGUUUAUGUGUUUGAGGUGCGAAGCUGCCAACAAGCCAAGGAGAGGACGAGGCAGCUUGUGGUGGGGCAUUGCAAAAGCUGGCGAACCAAACAACCUUUCACCAGUAUCACCGGGUGUGCUAUACAUGGAUCCAGGAGUUCACGCAACCUUGAGGAGGAAGCAGCGACGUUUAGCACGGGAAAAUCCUGGCGUACUGGCAGCCGUGGCCAAGGGUGCCAGCAUGGCAGUGGCGGAGUGCCAACAUCAGUUCAAAUACAGAAGGUGGAACUGUUCCACAAGGAACUUUCUGCGUGGGAAAAACUUAUUUGGAAAAAUUGUUGACAGAGGUUGUCGCGAGACAGCAUUCAUAUAUGCCAUCACGAGCGCCGGUGUAACGCAUGCGGUAUCCCGCGCGUGCGCAGAGGGCUCGAUCGAGUCUUGCACCUGCGACUACUCGCAUGUCGAUCGAGCGCCGCACCGAACCCGCGCCGCUGCCGCCGCCAACGUACGCGUUUGGAAGUGGGGUGGCUGCAGUGAUAACAUCGGUUUUGGAUUCAGAUUCAGCAGAGAAUUCGUCGACACAGGAGAAAGGGGCAAAACUGUCAGAGAAAAAAUGAACUUACACAACAACGAGGCCGGCAGAAUGCACGUGCAAACGGAGAUGCGCCAGGAAUGCAAAUGUCACGGUAUGUCUGGGUCCUGCACUGUUAAGACUUGUUGGAUGAGGCUGCCCAGUUUUCGCUCCGUGGGUGACGCGUUAAAAGAUCGCUUCGAUGGAGCGUCGCGGGUCAUGAUGCCUAAUACAGAAAUCGAAGCGCCCGUACAGCGAAAUGACGCAGCGCCUCAUAGAGUUCCAAGAAGAGAUCGGUACAGAUUCCAGCUUCGACCGCACAAUCCGGAUCAUAAAACACCGGGAGCAAAAGACCUAGUCUACCUUGAAUCAUCACCGGGUUUUUGUGAAAAGAACCCGAGGCUGGGCAUUCCCGGCACGCACGGGCGUGCCUGCAACGAUACGAGCAUCGGCGUCGACGGCUGCGACCUCAUGUGUUGCGGUCGUGGUUACCGGACCGAAACAAUGCUUGUUGUGGAACGAUGCAAUUGCACAUUCCAUUGGUGCUGCGAAGUAAAAUGUAAACUGUGUCGCACGGAAAAAGUAGUUCACACGUGUUUAUAGACAAGCUAACACUAAUGAUGCGUGCACGUAUGUGGUCGACGAGAGGAACUUAGUGUCGGACUUGUGACUCGGACUUGAGUGUGGAUUUUAAACAGUAAAAUUAUUCGGAGGCAGAUAUCAGACGUGUAUAUAAUCGCUUUAGUUUCCCCUCUAUUGAAGUCUUCGAAACCGAUAUUCAUUUUGACUUAUGUAAAUAUUCUCUAUCGCUGUUUAGUUUUCUAAAACGCUUAUAAUUGAUCCACUGUGAAAUUAAACUAAGCGGCUACUUCAUUUAAUUUAUUUGGCUAUUAAGUGCGAACAUGUGAUCUAGUAGUGUUAUUUUUUGUGAACGCUGUCGUUGGGACACUAAUGAGACCAGUUUGUCGACGCUUUAUUCCUGUCAGCUUGUCAUCCCGCGUUCUCUAUCGAAAUUGGACUUGUUGGUUUCCUGACGCGGUCAAGUGUAUGAAUUAUUAAUAUUAAAUAACGCGCUUAUCGCUGUGACUACUCACCCGGGCGACCGAAAUAUCAGACUACUUUUAAUGGUAUUUCAAUAAUAUCAUUAUAAAGUUAAAUAUUAAUAUUAUAUUAUUUUAAUGAAGCCAUACGCUUCU